AUCAGGCUGACCUGGUCCCCGGUGGGUGCCCUGCGGAGGAGCAGCGCCCACAGCAGCACCCAACACAGCUUGCAAACGUUCUGUGUACUAUAUUAAGUGAAGUGAUUCAAAAUGCCCCUCAAUGAUGACCAGAACAGUGAUUUUGAUUCUUCAAGGCUAUCUGAAAGCACAGCUUCUUCCAGUGACUCUGAAUAUUCAAGGCAAAGUUUUACUAGUGACUCUUCAAGCAAACCCAGCUCCCCAGCUUCAACAAGCCCUCCAAAAACUGUUACAUUUGAUGAAUUGAUGGCUGCUGCAAGAAACUUGUCAAAUUUGACUCUAGCUCACGAAAUUGCUGUAAAUGAAAACUUUCACAUGGAACACGUAGACCUCCCACAGAACAGUUUGGAGGGCAGAGUGAAACAAAUUGUACAUAAGGCAUUCUGGGAUCAUUUGGAGUCAGAACUGAAUGAAGAUCCUCCAGAAUAUUAUCAUGCUAUCAAACUCUUCGAAGAAAUUAAGGAGACUCUUCUUUCCUUUUUGACUCCUGGAGCAAACAGGAUUCGAAACCAAAUCUGUGAAGUCCUGGAUGCAGAUCUUAUAAGACAGCAGGCUGAGCAUGAUGCUGUUGACGUUCUUGGGCUAGCUAACUAUGUCAUCAUCACUAUGGGGAAAUUAUGUGCUCCAAUAAGAGAUGACGAUAUAAAACAGUUAAAAGCAACUGGCAAUAUUGUAGAAUUGUUGAGACAAAUAUUCCAUGUUCUGGACCUCAUGAAAAUGGACAUGGUUAAUUAUACUAUUCAAAACAUUAGACCACAGCUUCAGCGUAACUUGGUGGACUAUGAAAGAACAAAAUUCCAAGAAAUUCUUGAAGAAACACCAAGUGCUCUGGAUCUAACAACAGAGUGGAUAAAGGAAUCAAUAAAAGAUGAAUUGUUGUCUGUUUCUUGUGAAACUUCUUCAUCCCCUGGUGCUGAUGGUAGCUCUAAACCAAAUCUCAGUCCUACUCUGGUGCUAAACAAUGGCUACUUGAAACUGUUACAAUGGGAUUAUCAGAAAAAAGCAAUUCCAGAGACGUUAAUAACAGAUGAAGUUCGUCUUCAGAAGUUGAAAGAGAAGCUGAAUGAGUUACGGAUUAUAGCCUGUGUAUCUCUUAUAACUAGCAAUAUGGUGGCCACAACUAUUGUGGGCUUACCUGAUUUUGCUGACAAAUUAAAAAGGAUUUCAGCUGUUCUGCUGGAAGGGAUGAACAAGGAAAAAUUUGAUUUGAAAGAGGCUCUGAAUACUAUAGGUGUUCAGAUUUGCAGUGAAGUGAACAGGUCCCUGUCUGAGAGAGGAUUUCCCACUCUCAAUAUGGAAAUUCAAAACAGCCUAGUGGGUCAGAUCUGUAGCAUUGUUGAAGAAGAUAAUCCCAUGAGCUCCCUGAUUGAUAAACGAAUCCAGCUAUAUAUGAAAAGCCUGCUUACUCUUCCAACCAUUCAGAAAUGUAUGCCUACGAUUCCAGGAGGCCUUGCUGUGAUUCAGGCAGAGAUAGAGUCUAUUGGAUCUCAGUACGCAAGCAUUGUGAAUUUUAAUAAACAAGUGUAUGGACCAUUCUAUGCAAAUAUUCUUCGAAAACUGCUUUUUAGUGAGGCACCAAUGGGAAAAACAGGAACUGAUGCUUCUACUAAUUGAGGGAAAAGAAUGAUCUGGUUAUGCAUCCAGCCCUUUUCCCUUCACAGUAUUUAUUAUAAAGAUAUUGUGAAUUCUGUUCCCUCAAUGUGCAUAAUUUAGUUCAAUGACUGUUACUGAGACAGGGACAGACAGAGGUGUAUCCAAAGGAGAAUAGACCCUAUAAAGUGUGUACAGGUAAAGCUUCCAAAAUUCAUUGGAAUGAAACUAAUUAAUAUAUAUAUUUUCAUGAACUUAAUCUGUUUAAUGGAUUUUAACACUCAUUGUACCUGAUCAUUGUUAGUGUCUUCUUCCCAAGCAAGCAUUUUUGACUUAGUGUAAAUAUGGAGAAGUACCUCUUGGUUUUGCUACUAUUACCAUUUAAUCAAUGGAACUCUUAGCACUCUUAUUAAAAAAAACGUACUAAAUACAUUACGUAUACUGGUGCAAUGACAUAAAAUGAUGAAAUUUUAGUUCAAAUGUACUUUACUUACAGUGCUUUAUUGGUGACACUACAUAACUGAAUAUGAAUCACUUCUUGAAAGACUUAAAGAGGAAAAUAUAGUGUAAUUGAACUUGUAACAAAGUAAAGAAUCAAAUUAGGUCAAAUCCUGAUGAUAUCGUUAUUGGGAUCAUAAUUUGGCCUAUCUUUCACUAGCGCAUGCCACAUUACUAUAAAUGGUAUUAAGUGUACCAGUUAUAGAGUGAAUACGUCUUGCAAAA